AUGCAAAUGUUUUCCUUCCUUUACUUUGGAGUUGCUGAGUGUUUUCUCUUGGCCGCCAUGUCCCUUGAUGGUUAUUUUGCAGUUUGCUCCCCCUUGCAUUACACAAUUAUCAUGAGCAGCAGGGUCUGCAGAAGCCUGGUUGUUGGAGCUUACAUCUGUGGAACUGCUGAGGGCUUAGUUCACACCCUCAUCACCUUCAGCUCACCCUUGUGUGGUUGUGCCAUUGACCACUUCUUCUGUGAGAUUCAGCCUCUCCUGGACCUGCUCUGUGGCAACACUCUCCCAAGUGAAAUCCAGGUCAUUGUGGUGGCUGUCUUUGCUAUUCUGAGUCCUUUCUCACUGGUCAUUUAUUCCUGUAUUCCUAUCGUUUCCGCAAUUCUUCACGUGGCAUCAGCUGAGAGCCAGGAGAAGGCGUUUUCCACUUGCUCCUCACAGCUCCUGGUUGUGACUGUUUUUUAUGGCACUGCAGGCUCCAUGUACCUGCGGCCAAAAUACAGCUACUAUGCAUCUGUGGAUAAAUUCCUCUCCCUUGCUUAUUCUCUGGCCAGCAAUGGGCUGUGGUACCUGAUGGAUGAUGAGUCUGUGGAGCUUUGUUGCCUUGACACAGCUCUCAGGCAGCAAGCCUACCUGCUGUUUUAUGCCAGCUUCAUCGGCUGCUGGACACUAAAACGAGGAGAGCUCUACAAGGCACCAGAGGAGGAUGAUCCUUGGGAACCUCAGUGGAUUGAGUGA